UCAAAGAAAUAGUAUAUAUUUCCAUGCAAAAGCAUAAAUACAAUCAUCAGAUAUGCCCAUUUUCAAGUGAUAAAGAAAUAUCAAAUUUUAUAGAAAUCAAUAUUAUAGUUGACAAUUAAUGGAUCCUCACUCAUUACUCAAAUCAAGGGACACACUUCAAUAUUAUAUUUUUUAUCAGGGAAUAGAGAAUGCGGUAGGGCUCACACCACGGAGGAAGGGAGACAAUUUUACUCGCAAAUAUUUUGCGGAUCUCACAAACGCGAGGUUUCUAAAAUUGGAUGGAGGAAACUUUGCUGGCAAUUUUGAGGAUAUUUUGCCGAAGCUAAGAUGGCUUUGUUGGCAAAAUUGUCCUGCAGAGCUUCAAGCAAAAAAGUUUGUGUUGAAUCACUUAGUCAUUCUUAAGCUUUCAGGCGAUAUCAGCAUAGACAAAUGGAGAGGAUGGGUCGAUAUCAUGGUGGCAAGUAAACUGAAAGUUUUGAAAAUAGCAAGGUCGAAAUCUUUAAUCGAAACACCUUGUUUUUCAGAAUUUAUGAGUUUGGAGAGAUUGGUUCUAGAAGAUCUUUCAAAUUUGGUACAAAUUGAUCACUCAAUUGGAAAUCUAGAGAGGUUGAUUUACUUGAAGAUCAAAUGGUGUCCGCUUCUUAGAGGGUUGCCCUGGCAAAUUGGUUAUCUAAAUGCCCUGAGACAGGUCAUCUUGAUCCAGGGUUUUAGCAUUUGUUAUUUGCCGGACUCAAUCGGCAAUCUAAGACUUUUGUCAAGGCUAGUAGUGGAGGAUACGGGAAUAGUUGAACUUCCGAGCACAAUCAAAGGGCUAGUGGAUCUUGAGUACUUAAGUUUGGCGAAUUGUACGAGUCUAAAUUUGCUGCCGGAUGCUAUUGGGGAGUUGAAGUCAUUGACUGAGUUGGAUCUAUCUGGGACAACCAUCGAGGAACUACCUCAUUCGAUUUAUAACUUCAGAGAUCUGACAUUACGAUUAAACAGUAGUAAGAUAAGAACCCAACUGAUGGGGGACUGCCUUUCCUUGGAAGGUAUUGAGGAUUGCUUCAACUGUAUAAGACUUCAAGCAGAUUGGAAAAGCGCACCAAAAAAUUUGAUGGGAGUGUCUCUCGAGAAAAUCCAACAGAAGUUAAUGUUAAUACAUGAGGGACUUAAAGAUGGGGAGAAAUUUUUUUUUCUGCACAUUGCAAGGUCCUUUCUUAUCAAGAAAAAAACUGAAGCAGUUUAUAUACAGGAAGGGUGUGCCGAUUUCCCAAAAGUUGAAAUUGACGCCCUUGUCAAUAAGUCUUUGAUCAAGAUUACUGAUCAGGGCAGAAUCUGGAUGCAUGAUCUGGUAAGAGAUUUUGCAGGGGAAUUUAUUACUGAAGAGAUUAUCAAGAUUUACGACAUAUGGCUGUUUUCCAGAAUCAAUGGAAAGGGAAAAUCGAAGCAGAGUGGAUAUGAGGAGGAAAUUCUGUCUUACUUUUCAGCGACUCCCUGGUUUCUCGACAUAAUCGAUGCAAAGGCUAUAUGGUUGCUGCGAAUUUCGCACUUGUAUUCACGACCUUCGCACUAUUUAACGGUGGGAACAUGGCCUUCAAAGAAGACUUGGUCAUGGUCGAGAUCCUGUUUAUGAGAAUGUUACCGGUCUUUGUAACUUGCCAAAUCACGGCGUUGAUCUGCACUGUGAUUGCGUCCAUCCACUUCCUAUUGGCAGAGAAAAGUGGCCACCACAAGGCAAUAGUCGCAUCAGAGCUUACAAUGCGGCUGGGAAAAAGUAUACUCCUGGCGAUGAGUAUCCCUGUCUUAGUUCUUGUCAUCUUUAUCCUUGAAAACUGCCCUUGGCUUGCCGCAACCGCAUAUUGUUCGGGACUCAGUCUCUUUGUCCUCCUAAAAUUUGGUGCUAGAUUUUCUAAGUUCGCGCCCUUCUUUCGGAUCCACUCCAGACUCGUCCGUCUUCUGAGACGUUUCUUCUGGAUGACUCGAAAGAGGAGAGAAUGGCUGCUGGACCUCCGCUGGCCAGUGAAUGAAUGACUGAUUACUUGGCUACAACAAAAUGUGGGACAGGAAAUAAAUACAUAUUCGCAUUGGUGUAUUUGGCUAAUUCUACAUUAGCUUUCCUAUUG